AUGCAUUUUAAAAAGAUAAAUUUAAAAACCAUUCUUUCUUUGAUUAAUGAUUCUUCAGAAUUCAUAACCAUGUAUCAUCACAGCCUUCGUCAAGAUAUUUUUAUAAAGGAAGAGUACCAUUAUUUAAACGUUCCGAAAGUUGGAACAUUCACGGUGUAUGACAGCCUUGACUGCACCUUUGAAUGCCUCGGCAAUCCUUCCUGUUUGUCCUUCAACCUGGCAGCUUACAAAGGAGCAGAUGGAAAGUUGCGGUGUGAGUUGUUAUCCUCAGAAAAGUACAGCAAUCCUGAGGAAUAUAAAAGGAACGAGAAUUUUCAUCUCUUUUCCAUCAAGGUGGGGUAAAAUCUUUGCAUAGAGUUUAUUACAGUAAGAUAUUUUUUGAUAUCCCAGUCUAUGCGAUUUUUAAUAACCUCUCACGAACACUAAUCGACGUAAAAGUGACUAGUGCACGAUAACAAGUCGGGGUUAUUCAGUCGAAUGUCACUUUCUCCUUUUUUUCUGCAAUCAACACUUUUACGCAAAACAAAAUUACCUUAAUUAUAUGGCAUUUGACAUCGACCUUUUUUAAAAUUAUUUUAGACUCCAUGUAUGUCAUCACCAUGUCAGAUGAUGUUACCAUAGCAACCAAGUUUUGACAGCCACGUUUUGUAAAAUCUGCUUUUUCUCUAAAAAAAUAGGUUUUUGAUUUCUUUAUUACUGAUUGAAUUAUUACGUUAUCUACUUCCUUUUUUUCAGUUGCCAAGUCAUGCCAAGACGUUUAUAAUCAGCUCACGGAAGAGUGAGUGAUCCUAUGCAUAGUAAUUUAAUUGAUGAGGAUAGAUCAGUUAAAGUGCGGGCGAUCAUUCGGGGUACGUCAGUACUUUGUUUAUGAGCCACAAAAACAGUCAAAAAAUCACUCGUCAAGCCUCAAAAAUGGAAAUACAAUUUGUGUCGCAGAGAAUGUCGAUGUCACUUAAUUGUUAGAAUUUGUAUCGUGGCUGAUGGACUCUAUUUCAUUACUAGUCUUUGUUCUCCAUUCUGGAAACUUAUGGUUAUAAGAGACCUAAAGCGUAAAAACUGUUGAAUUUUUAAAAAAAAUGAUUGGUACUGUUCAGAUAGUAAAACCAUAAUCUGUGAACACCACCAUCCUGCCCUGGAGGCCCUCCAGCAAAAAAAAGUUCUUGAUGAAUUGCAAUGGCAGGGGUGGAUCUAGGGGGAGGGUGCAGGGGGUGCGCAUCCCCCCCCCCCCUGAGAUGACCUGAGGUUUUCAAAUACAACUGGUAUUCUGCAAAAAAAAACACUAUGUGGUUUAUUGGUGUUGAAGUAGAGCAAGAGACGAGUGCACCCCCUCCUAAAAAAAAUCCUGGAUCCGCCCCUGAGUGGAACCCCUCCAUUUCGCUUGACGAACAUCUGUAUAAAACGAAUGGUUCGUUUGUACCGACAAAAAGUUCAGAUAUUUCAGUGCUCAUAGGUAAACCUGGUUAAUAUGGAAAACGAACACUUUUCUGUGUCCCAAAUCACAAACUGUCAUAUAUUAAUUAUCCGUAACUCUCCCGGGAGGUCCUCAAUAAAGUUUAUACAGGGAAGCUCAGCUAACAAUUUGCAGAAAAGGUACUCCUUUCGUAUGCCAUUUCAUUCAUCUCUAAUGGUUGAGGGUUCGAGUUGCUUGUUGGAGGCAUUUUAUCCCCAGGGGGUACUCAACAAAUUUUUACGGGGAAGCCCUGCCACGAGGUCCAAGUCCUUACCUUUCCACAUACCAUGUUUGACAGAAAAGGUACUCCUUUCGUAUACCAUUCCAUUCCUUUUAGCGGUUAAGGGGUGGAGUGGCUUGUUACAAGCCUUUUAAAAUGAGCUCAGACCAUAAGCAUCAAUAAACAUAAAAGACUACUGAAUAUCUGUGUAACAUGUUCUGAGUAGUUGUCAAAAACAACCAAUCCAAGUCUUGCAGGUAGCUCGCGGGUAAAAUAGGGGUCCUUUGACGUCAGAUGGGAAAAACAUCAUGCGCACCAUUUUCGUGGUUUUUCAGUCGCCCCUUUCCCUUUUCUUCUGAACAUCUGCUACGCUGUUCAGCCAUCUUCGAUGUCCGAAUUUAAUUCAUACAGAACACUUUAUUCAAAUAAACUUCAUUAAAGUUAGUUGAAGAUCAGCACAGCUUGCGGGUAAGAUAAAGCAAAAAUAUAUAAUUAUCAACCUGUGCUGCAGGUGAUUAGUCCAAAAUACAUUAAUCGUGUAGUACUAACAUAAUGGGGAACCUGAGAAAUUUAGAUUUGGCCGAGACUGUACUGAAUUCCAUUCAUUUAUUUUUAUAAGAAAAGGCGAACCUUUCUUUACAGUACAUUCCAUUUUUUUCUCUCCGACAGUUGGAAGCUGGAAAAAUUAAAAUGAGAUUUCAUUUUGUACAGGUUGAACGUGAGUCAGUUGGUCACUCUCCUCCUUGACUCCAAACUAUUUUCAGUUCUCUGUCACUUUGGAAAUUUUGGAUGCGGAGAUGGAGGAUGGACACCGGUCAUGAAGAUGGACGGCAACAAGGUAAGACAUUUGUGUACGUUUUCCCUUAGUUUGGCGACGAGAGUGGAAAAAAAUGUGUUAUUAAUAAUUAAAUACAGGUUUACCUCUGUCAGCGGUAAUUUUAAAUUAUCCUUAGGCUAGCUUGGGGAUACAGCCGUUUCUCCUUGCUCCUCGUCGCUAGGUACGUUCCGCACCUCAGCGACAGAAAUUCCAUACUAAUGACGUCAAAUUGCAAAAUUUUCUGGGGCAGCAUAACCCCAGCCUCCAAGUUUGAAGCGCCUUCGGCGCUCUAACUAUUCUUCUCGUGCGUCUACAUGCUAAGUCACUGGAUCUGAAAGAUUUAAGUAUUAAGAACACCUUUAAGCUUCUGCUGGAAUAUCUCGGUCAGUAGCAGAGGUCACCUAACCUUUCUGUCAGACGAUGUGGAGGUUUUCAUCUAAUCACGGAAGUUUGGUCUCUGUACUUGCAGAUACGCGAGAGUUAAAGAUAAUUAUAUUCAAUUCGGCAUUUUUCAAUCGCAUCAAUCACCAACUAAUGAUUGCGGAUUAUGUUUACUUUUUAUUCUAUCGGUGACCAUUAACGCCAUUUCGCCUGCUGUGGCUAAUUUCACUAGUUUCAUAAAACUGGAGAAACAAGGACGUUGUAGAUAUUCUUUUCAUUGUAAUUGAUCUUCCAUUGCAAAUUGUGUUGUUUUUUUUCUUUUCCGGGAAGGAUGUAGUCCUUAGCAGAAAAAAGAAACCUUUGAACUUUUCUUUUUAAAGGACAAUUUUUCUAUUUUUUCCUCCUUUCUACCACAGCAAACGUUUCACUACCAUGACGCCUUUUGGAGCAACAAAGAAACGUUUAACCUUGAGGGAGGGAAGACUGGGUUUGACGCACAGGAGACCAAACUUCCGUCCUACUGGAACACAUCCUUCUCCAAGAUCUGCCUUGGUAUGAAGAUCGGCCAGCAGAUCAAGUUUAUUGUUAUCAACAAGCAAGCGAACUCCUUGUACUCUCUGAUCGCUGAUGGGAGGUACCGCAGAACCACACUGGGUCUUGACACGUGGAAGUCACUGAUUGGUUCUGAGGCCUCCUUGCAGACCAGUGGUAACAAGGAAGGUUUCAAUGCUGUUUGUAAAGAUUCUCGUGCUUCCAAAGCCAGGAUCGGUAUCGUUGGUGACAACUACCGCGAUUGCAGAACCUGUGACUCUAGAAUUGGGUUUGGUACUGGAGGAUAUCAUGAUAAUAACAACACAUGCGGAAACGAGGCUAGUGUGUUGCGGCCAGAUAAUGGCCAGAAGCAUAUCAAGGCAAUGGGAUAUAUUUUGGUGCAGUAA